UGUUGUUUAUCCAUUUGGUUAAAGAAUGGUUGUGAGCAUACGUUUCGGCCACAACUCUCCAUUCUUCCACUGAUGUCAACUCCCCAUUCUCAACUAUAGAAAAGGUAAGAACUAUGCUAUGACUUUUCCUAUUUGCUUCUAAAUUUCUCAUAAUGAUUCAAACUCUAAACACCUUAGCCUCUAAAUGUUCUGUUCCUCUUAGUUCUUCUUAUGUUACUGAUUUGAACAGAAGAAGAAAACUUAAGGUAGGUUUUGUUUCUGUUAAUGUUUUACAUUGUACAAGAAGUUAUUAUGGGAGUGUUGUGUUUUCUAGACACUUAAAUUUAUAUUUAAGAUGUGGGUUUUUCUUAGGUUAUCCUAAAUAUGAUGCAUUUUUGAAACAUAAUAAUAAGAGUCAUGUUGGAGAUUUGGUUCCACCUUUAGUUGAGGAGAAUAAUGAUUUUGUUGUUGAGGGAGUAAACACUUUGAUGAUGAAUUCUUCGAAUUCAGAUCGAGAUGAGGAGAGUUAUGAUGAAGAGAAAAUGAACGGCGGUAAUGAUGAUGGCGAGGAAGAAGGUGAGAAAGAUGUGAUUGAUGUUAGAGAACUUGGUAAUAGCUUGCAGAGUGUUAAGACUGUGAAGGAUGUGGAGGAGGUUCUUAAGGAUAAGGGUGAUUUGCCUCUUCAGGUUUAUUCGACUAUAAUUCGAUGGUUUGGUAAAGAAAAGAGAGUGGAAUCUGCGAUGGUUCUUUUUGAUUGGAUGAAGAAGAGGAAGAUAGAGACUAAUGGUUCUUUUGCGCCUAAUCUUUUCAUAUAUAAUUGUAUGUUAGGUGUAGUUAAGCAGUGUGAAAAUUUUGCUGAAAUGGAAGAUAUUUUGAAUGAAAUGGCUCAAGAUGGUAUUAGCUAUAAUGUUGCAACAUAUAAUACCUUGAUGGCGAUUUAUAUUGAGAAAGCAGAAGGUGAAAAAGCUCUCGAUAUGUUCAAGGAAAUCAAUAGAAAUGGCCUUACGCCGUCUCCGGUAUCCUAUUCUCAGGUAAUACAGGCGUAUCGGAGAAUGGAAGAUGGCAAUGGAGCUCUGAGUUUCUUUAUCGAGUUUAGAGAAAAAUAUAAACAAGGUGAAAUAGGAAAAGAUGACGAUGGUGAAAAUUGGGAGAAAGAAUUCAAAAAGCUCGAGAGGUUUACGGUCCGUGUUUGUUAUCAGAUAAUGCGAUGUUGGCUCGUCAGUUCUGAAAACAAGAGCAGCAAUGUAUUGAGGUUUCUUAUUAAUAUGGAUAAUGCUGGGAUUCAACUGACGCGUGCGGAACUUGAGCGACUUGUGUGGGCUUGUACUCGCGAAGAUCACUACAUUGUUGUGAAAGAGCUGUACAUUCGGAUACGAGAAAAAUACGAUAAGAUCAGCUUGUCGGUCUGUAACCAUACAAUUUGGUUGUUGGGGAAAGCGAAAAAGUGGUGGGCAGCUUUGGAGGUAUAUGAAAAUUUAUUGGACAAAGGACCACAGCCGAAUAACUUAUCGCAUGAACUCGUGAUGUCUCACUUCAAAUUUCUUCUUAGUGCCGGCAAGAGAAGGGGGUUUUGGAAAUGGUGUGUAAAGUUGUUAAACAAGAUGGAAGAGAAAGGCUUAAAACCUGGAAGUAAUGAAUGGAAUACAGUUCUUAUAGCCUGUUCUAAGGCUUCAGAAAGUUUAGCAGCUGUGCAAAUAUUUAGAAGAAUGGUGGAAAAUGGUGUAAAACCGACUAUAAUUUCGUAUGGGGCUUUAUUGAGUGCUCUUGAAAAGGGAAAACUCUACGAUGAAGCCUUCCGUGUGUGGGACCAUAUGCUCAAGGUUGGUGUUAAACCAAAUGUGUAUAACUACACAAUCAUGGCUUCAAUCUACACUGCACAAGGAAAUUUUAGUAGAGUUGACACCAUAAUUAAGGAGAUGGUAACGUCAGGAAUUGAGAUAACGACAGUGACGUACAACGCAAUAAUCAGCAGUUCUGCACGAAAUGGUAUGAGUAGUGCGGCGUACGAAUGGUUUCACAGAAUGAAAGUUCAGAACAUCGCUCCCAAUGAGGUAACUUAUGAAAUGCUGAUUGAGGCACUUGCAAAUGAUGGAAAGCCAAGGCUUGCAUAUGAGUUAUUGAGAGCUCGGAAUGAAGGCCUUGUUCUCGCUUUGAAAGCUUAUGAUGCGAUCCUGAAAUCCGCUAAGACUCACGGUGCCACCAUUGAUGUAGGUUUUUUAGGACCUCCUCCUACAGAUAAAAAUACUAGAGUGAAAGUUAAAAAAAAUUUGACUGAAUUCUACAAUCUGGCUCAUGUUCCUAGGAGAAGUAAACCAUGAUAGAAAGGAACUUCAUCGGAAGCGGAUUUGCUGCAAUAACUGUGUCACAUAGUUUUUAAUCUCGACAAUCUGAUCUAAAUCAUUGCCAAAGAUUAUGAAUAACUGAUUUUGUUAUUGUGUAAUCUAGACCACAGCUGAUAUUGGUUACUGUGUAGAUGUGUGCUUCCUUUACAGCAGGGAUUCCGGAUUCGAACCUUAUCACACAGACACAAGAAAGUCCAUAAGUUAGUACAUUGAAAUUAGCAUAGUCAAAAUAUUUUGCAACCUGUGUACAUUCUUAUUUAUUGCAGCUUGAGCUUUUUUGUAUCCUUAGCCUAGAAGAUAAAAGAAUCAUACUCAUGUUUACUUCCAUUUUCUAAGAAAAAUAGAGAUGUAACACUUCCUGUGGAGUUACUAUUAUGAUUCACAUACUUGGAAAGACAUGGAAUUUUGCUGUGCUGAAAACAGCUUUGUUGUCAAUCCAAACUAAUACGAAAAAUAAAGGUUUGUUCAAAUUUUGCUUUGUCGAA